AUGCCUAUAAGUGAAAAAAAAAAUAAGUUUGUAAUGUAUGUGCGAAAUAAGAAUAGUAAAAUAGGAUGGCAUAAUAAUUUUGUGAAAACAAAAGGAAAUGAAAGGGUUUACAACUUACAAUACCCAAUAUACUAUAUUUAUAAUAACAGUAAAAACAAAAAUAUUAUAAAUAAAUUUGUAAAAUAUAAGGUCAAUAAAAAUGAAAAUAUCAUAAAUAGUAAUAUUAUAGGAGAAGGGUUGUUACGUUUUAAUAAAUGUGUGUUAAAUGGAAAGAGAACACAUUCGAUUAAUAUAGCUACACAAAAUUAUUACAAUUUUUGCGAAAAUAAAAAAAAAAAAAUAGAAAAUGAAAAUAAAUGUGGUGAAGAAAAUGAAAAGAGUAAUUUGGAUAUACCAGUAAAAUGUAACAUACAAUUAAUUCCAAAUAUAAAUAAAAAUGUAUAUGCAUCAUUUAUUCAUUCUGAUAAAGUAAAAAAUGAGACAUGUCAAAAUUAUGUAUUAAUGAAUAAUAAAAUUAACAUGAAUAAAAUAAAUUCCGUUGGAAAAAUGAUAUCCGAAAGUUUAAUAGAAAAUUCUAAUAUGAAUAAAAAAUGGUACGAAAUAGAAUAUGAUGAAAAAAAAAAAAAAAAGUCUAGCAUUGAUUUAGUGAAAUUAAAAAUACAAAAUUAUUUAGAUUUAUCAAAAUCAAAAUUAACAUUAUGGGUAACAAUAAAUAGCACAUUUGGAUAUUUCAUGCUAGGUGGAAAUAAUAUAUAUGAACUUUUGUCAUUGUCAUGUGGAAUAUUUUUAUGUAGUAGUAGUGCCAAUACAUUUAACCAAAUUAUAGAAAAAGAUAUUGACAAAUUAAUGAAUAGAACAAAUAAAAGACCAUUAGCAUGUAAUAAUAAAAAAAUAUCAUUAACACAUGCAAAGAUAUUUGGAUGUUCAACUGCUGCAAUUGGAUGUUCAUUAUUAUAUUAUUUUAAUAAUCCUUUGACAUCAUUUUUAGGCUUAUUUAAUAUUUUACUAUAUACAUGUUUAUAUACACCAUUAAAACGAAAAACACCAUAUAAUACACAUGUCGGAUCUAUAGUUGGGUCGAUACCUAUGUUAAUGGGAUGUGUAGCAGUUGAACAAAAUUUAUUUAUACCUGAAGCUUGGAUUUUAUUUUCAAUUCAACUUUUAUGGCAAUUUCCACAUUUUUAUUCAUUAGCAUAUUUAUAUAAAGAAGAUUAUUUAAAAGGGAAAUAUAAAAUGUUUCCUCUUAAAGAUAAUCAAAAUGGAUUAUAUACAGCACAAUUAUGUAGACCUUAUUUAAUUGUUUUAUCUUCUCUUCCUUUUUUAUUUUUUUUUUGUGGAUAUACAUCUUAUAUGUAUAUUUUAGCAUCCUUAAUACCAAAUAUAUUUAUUUAUUACAAAUUUCAACAAAUUAUUCAAAAACCCUCUAAAAAGGGGUUUCGAUCAUUUUUUAAACAUUCGUUAUGGCAUAUUAUUUUAUUAUUAGCUUUAUCUUCAUAUCAUACUCAAAUUCCUGACAAAAAAAAUAGUGUGCAUACAAAAAGGGAUAUCUUAACCAAUGAAAAACAAAUCAAUAAAAUAUCCCAAGAUAAUAUUAAUAAUUCAGAACAUCCAAUUACCAAGUUUAAGAAGAGGCUUUUAAAAUUCUGUGUAGUUUUUUCAUAG